GGCGGAACAGAGGUGGGUUUGCACGGUCUUGACUGUUGGCACGGUUAGGAAACCAAGGAAACAAUAACACCUAGAGAAACUAACAGAUUGGAAAUGUUGGACACUGUCCAAAUUCGGCGCAGAGGUGCCCAAGACUUCGAGGCAUAUUAUGAUAAUGCAUGCGCUAUGCAGGACUCAGUCCCAUUGCCAGCAGUCAAGGCAAACCUGAGUCAAGGGAUGCUUGACUUUAAUGGGGAUCGGCUCAAACUGACAGAUUGGACACCCAUACUCAACACUCUGACCAUCAAUAAACAGCUACAACAUGUUGCAGUCAGAAGCUGCUACCAAAUCGGUCUCAGCAUUGGAGAGCCUGACAAGUACAGGUCGGCCAAUAGGAAGAAGAUUCCAGCCAUCCGCUCCAAGGAGAUGACGUUCAAACUGUGUAAAGCACUCAGAGAGUGUCUGACCGCUUCACCAAACCUCAAGACCCUCCAACUCCAUGGUCUUCCAUUUAGAGAGAGAGACCUUAUCACUCUUACCAAGGGUUUAGCCAAAAGUGUCUCUUUGGAAAAUCUCUCCUUGGCUCACUGUCCUAUAGCAGACGAGGGGUUAGAAGCUAUCUGCCAGAGUGUGAAGUACUCUCCAUCUAUAAAGACAGUGGAUUUCACAGGCUGCAAUUUGACCUGGAGAGGAGCAGAGCAUAUGGCCAACAUCAUCAAGCAUCAGGCCAUGCGGAGGCACAGUGCAGCCUGGGCCGAGUCUCUGAGGUACAGGAGGCCUGAAUUCGAGGGCAUGGGAGGCCUCCGCCGGGUCACUCUCAACUGCAACACCCUGGUGGGAGACAGAGGGGCGGCCGCCCUCUCACAGGAACUGGCUGAGGACCUCUGGGUCAAAGCCGUGGAUCUGCAGAAGUGUGGUUUAUCCAACGAUGGGACACGGUCUCUGCUGGAGGCUCUAAAGUCCAACACCACUCUCUGUGUCCUGGAUAUCAGGAGGAACCCCUUAGUGGACAAUGACCUGGUGAAGUCCGUGAUCAAAAGAGUUCUCAUGAAUGCUAAUGGUCAAUCCUCUCAGUACUCCUGGAUCAAGCCCCCGGCCCUCAAAGACUCACAGAAACCUCCAAGCCUUAAGAGAAGAAUACUGGGAAAUACAGCUAGAGGAAAAGCAACAUUUAGGAUAGGUCCUCGCAGGUUGUCGUCGGCCAGUAGGCGGAGUCCAGUUGUUGCCCAGCAGCCACACCCCAGCCUCAGCAGGUGUAUCCCAUGGCGCACUGCAGAACGUGCUGGACGACAGAGAGGACUUCCUCCAGGUAAUACAGUGGCAGAGCAGAGCUUUGAGGGGGCUGCCACUGUCAAGGUCACAAUGGAGACUGAGUCAGAGGAGGAGGGAGAGGAGGAAGCGGUUGAGACAAAAAGCCCGUCGGCACUUAGCCUUCAUGAAAGGAUCACUGUCAGACAGUACAGACGUGUACAGGUGGAGCUGGAGGAGUGUCGGCUCAGACUAGCAGAGGAAAGGAGGGCCAGAGUGAAAGCAGACACUUGUCUCAUGGAGUAUGAGUUGGAGAACGCUCGGCUGCGCAGUAUCAACUUCUCCCUGUCGGAGGCACUGCAUGCUCCUGCUACUGGCCCCUCCUGUGUUCUGGAGGACGACGCGGUUCUGGACAGCAUCGAGAGCUCCUUCAGCAAGUUCCAUGCCUUCCUGGACCUGCUCAAGGAUGCUGGACUGGGCCAGUUGGCCUCCAUGGCAGGGAUUGACCAGUCCGACUUUGGCCCACUCGGGCGACCCCAGCUGUCCUCCACUGUUGGACGGCCUCUUGUCGGGUCAGGGGACCAGGACACGAGAGAGAAGGUUGAUGUGGCGCCCUCUGUAAAUACAGUCUCAGUGCAGUCUGGGUGUGGGUGGUGUACAGGAGGCGACAGCUCCAGUGCUCCAUCAGAGGGCCAGCCCAACGGAUGCACCCCCGGAGCUCCAGCCACUCUCAGAGGGUUCUCGCCAGAGGGUGAUCUACAGGAAGUGCCCCCUGUCCCUGCUAGUGAGUUUGCCAGUGAGCCCUGUGUGGAGAAGCCUGGUGGAGAGAAUCAGCAGAGGGUUCCCUCUCCCUCACAACCGGAGGGGCGACUGGUGUCAGGGUCUGAGCACAGUAUCCAUAGCAACGGCUCACAUGGCAAUGACUCGUAUGCCGAAGGCUCCCAUAGCAAUGACUCUCAGGGUAGCGGUUCCUAUGGCAAAGGUUCCCGCGGUCGUAAUGUCUCUCACCACAGUAAUGGCAAUGGCUCCAAGCAUAGCAACGGCUCCAAUCAUAGCCAUGGCUCACAUGGUUACAGUUUUAACUACAGCAACUGCUCCCAUGCCUACAGCUCCAUCCACAGCGACGGCUUCCAUAGUAACGGCUGGCAUGUUGACGGCUCUGUAAGGUCUAGUCUGAGUGACAGGAGUGACCGUGUGGAAUCUGUUGGGUCAUUCGGGUUGAAGGCUUCUGGAGGGGGCAGGGUAGGGUCAGGAGCUCAGAAGUGAAACUAUAUUCAGAGUUUGCGAUGCUGGAACAGAUCCGCUCUCUGGGGAGCCUGGGUGGCGAGUCUGAUGAUGGGUUCUGAACCCACAACUCUGCCACUUGAGUGUUUUUUUUUAUAUUUUCAUUUUAUAUCUGUGUUUACCUUUCUUGUGGCAUUGGUGCCAAAUCGGAGCACUAUAAAAAGGUUAUUGUGCUAAUGAUGCCUAAUUCUUGUGUGGCCAAAUCUGAAAUGUGAUUUUAGUCUUUUGUGGCUUUUUAAAUUUUUUUUUAACUGUGACUCUUUUAUAAUGUUUGUAAAUAUAUGGAUAUAUUUUCUACAAUACAUUUCGUUUAAAAAUA